UAGAUGAACACAUCAUGUGCCACCGUAGCACAGCAUGUACAUACAUUUAUUAUGUAUUUAUCACACUUUUCAAAAAUUUUAUACAUGUCCCAAUCUUACAGUGAGACAUUAUCCUCCACACUUUCUAUUAUGUACUUCUCUCAUUGAGUCAUCUAUGGUAAAAACUCAAUUCCUUUUUUUUAGGUAUUAAUUCCUCCUUGGUGUGCGUAGGUGACACAGUCUAGUACCCUGACUGAAUAUAUAUCCACCCUUUUAACUUCACUCACAUCACACAUACUGCAACUCACUCUGCAAAUUCCUUCUUCUCUUCCACAAUGCAGGUACAGUCAAAGAAGUUCAGAGGUGUCAGGCAACGCCACUGGGGCUCUUGGGUGGCGGAGAUAAGGCACCCUCUUAUGAAGAGGAGAGUGUGGCUGGGCACGUUCGAGACAGCAGAGGACGCUGCACGAGCCUAUGACGAGGCCGCCGUGAUCAUGAGUGGGCACAACGCAAAGACUAACUUCCCAGUGAGCGAGAGGUCGAGCAGGGCGCUGUCCGAGACGCUGAGCGAGAAGCUGCGGCGCUGCUGCAAGGCUCCAGCCCCUUCUCUUACUUGCUUGCGCCUUGACACUGAUAAAGCUCACAUUGGAGUUUGGCAGAAGCGUGCUGGCUCACGCGCUGGGUCCAAUUGGGUCUUGAAUGCGGAGCUUGGAAAGAAGGUUGUGUCUUCUUCGGCUGAGAAGACAACAACAUCAUCGCAAGAUCAUCAAGAAAUGGACAUUGCAUUGCAGAUGAUUGAAGAACUGCUCACUGUUUCUUAUGAACUCCCAAUUUUCAACCAAAAAUAAUUACUAUUUCAAUGGCUGCAAUAGCAGAUUCUAGGAAAGAGGAGGCUUCUGAUAUGAAAAGAAGAAUUUAUUAUUUUGUUUUAAGGGUAAUUAAGAAGCAACCACUCCACGGAACUGAGAAGGAAUGCUUAGUAAUGGCAGUGCACAAAAAAGGUGGUCCAGCUUCCUUGUUAGCUGUCAUGCAUCCAUAAUUACUAUUUCUCAUUGGAAGCCACUUUUCCAUAGUACUAGAGAGAGUUUGGAAAGAAGUAAAUAAAAGGAGGAACAAAGAGGUUACAGUAAAUUUACGCUUUCGGCACAGCCUCUUUACAAUGUAUAGUAAACUUUUUAUUCUUGUUCUUCUUUUAUGGAUGAGAUUCAAUAGUAGUUGCACAAAUUGAAUGUGAGAUUCAUCAAUAAAUUCAAAUCCUUGCUUAUUUAGUUGGGUUGGUGGCAGGGUGUAG